CGUAAUGCCAAUACAAUAAAAAUACGACUGAAAUACACCGCCGGACUAGUGAAUGUCUCCCAAGUUAAUUUUCAGAGGUCACAACUUCACCAUUAAAGAAUAACGGAGAAAGCUAGAGAGAGAAUCUCCACAUCUUGUUCCUCAUUCUACUUCUUCAGGGUAGAAUUAGCGUAAGAGGAGGGCUAGAUGAGAAUCGAACGAGGAGAGCGAUAAUUGUUUCAACGGAGAUAAGACCUAAUUCUCGAUAAUAUCAAUCAUAGUUAUGCCCCAUGUCACAUAUUGAUUUGGGUUUGUUGUAGUAAUUUGUGGUUGUUGAUCAAAUUGGACUUUGUGAAUUAGGCAUUGUAUUGACCUAACUUUUUAAGCAAUAAAUCAAGUUGAUAAAAGUUUAUGAUUUCCAAAUUGAUGUAAGGGCACAUGAAUUAUUAGAGGAAAUUGUUGAUGAUUAGGUGAAAUGAACAAUUUGAAGAACAAUUGAGGAAUUACAGAAAGGGAAAGCAAGAUCACACAAAGUUGGGUGUUGAGAAAAUUCGAGCACAUCACCGAUAGAAUAUUAAAUCGAUCCAAAACAAUUAAUUAAUGCUAUAUUUGGAUUGAUGAUUUCAUUUACAGAUUUGACUGUUUGACAUAAUUCAAAUUUGAAUUUGAGUCAAUUUCACCAUUGUUAUAAAAGUGGUUACAAAUGAGGAUUUGAGAAUGACUUCCCAAACAUUGGCAUUCUAAAAUUCUUCAUUUAUAAUUUCAUAAUUGAAAUCUACAAUCUGAAAUAAAAUGCUUCUUUCCGAAUGCAAUCUAAGUUGUUUUGAUGAUUUAUUAGUGCUCACUACUUACAAGAGAUUACACAACGAGAAUCACUCACAAGUUAGUGGCUUAAAGCUAAACACAUGGAUUUUCCGAACAUCUAUUCUAAAUCCCUAGUUUGUUGUGGCUCUCCAAUGCUGGAUAAAUUGUUCGUACAUUGUUAACUAAGAACUUAUGGUAUGUUCUUAUGAAACAAAAAGGGUUUUUUUUCACCACACACAAACAGUGGCAUCAUGCUCAUUCUUGUUCAAGCACCUAAUGUGUUCAUUCGAGCAAUUCAAGCGGAAAUAGGAAGAAGUGCUCUAAAUUUAUUGAAUUAUAUGGGGAAUAGAUGAAUUUCAUAUGAUAGAUGCAUUAUAAAGAGGAAAAAAAUUCAGAAGCUGUUGGUUCUGGUUUAAUGAAUAGGAAAUUUAAUCUGAUUCAAGGCAAAACUUGUAGUGGCCUAUUCCUAGCUUCAAAAAUUCUGAAUAUCAAAUAAAUGAACUGCGCUGAAUAGUAUCAUUUUAAAAUUCUCCUGGGUCAUACUUUGUUGGAAAUAUUUCAUAUGUGAUGCCCACAUUGGUAAAAUAUUCAUCGGGUGUGUCCACACAAGUGGGCCCAUGGGGUGAUCAUGUGAAGAAUUGUCACGGCCUAACAUAUUUGACUUGGUCUAUUUUGAUGUAAGAUUAAUUAUAACUUGAAUUCCUUUAUAGUUUUCGCAAAGCUUGCAACUUCGAUGUUUGACUUUACUUGAUUUGCAAAUGGAAACUUACAUUUCAGAAACCUUUUGGGUGUAUUUUGAAAAAAUCUGAUAACUUCUGAAAUUUGUUUCUUGUGUAGGUAAAAUCUGUUUGCAUUGCCUGUGUUUUAUCGGCUGUGUUGUGAUUUAAAGUCAUGAUGAGAAGAUCCAGCUGUAAUGAUACUAAUACAGAAAGAAUGACUACAGCAGGUCAUCAUGGGUAUCGCCUUUGACUUGCAGGAUUUUAUACUUCGUGCUCGAGUGCUGAAGUUGUAUAGACAAGCUUUGAGGACGGCUAAGCGAGCUCCGAGUCACUCCAGAGUGGAAUUGCAGCAAACAAUCCGGCAUGAGUUCGAGAAAAAUCGAGAUUGUCGGGAUAAACAAAAGAUUCGUUUCUUGCUAAGCGAAGGGAAAGAGAGGGUAAAAAAUUUGGACGAGAUGCUUGACAUGCAAGGUUGCUGAUCGCUUAUCGAGUUUUCAAGGUUUCUCGAGAGGCCUUUAAGGCAUUAGUCAAUCUGUUGUAACCUAUUCUCAAUCUUACCAGGAACAAUUUUUCAUGUUCAUUGUAUGCUCUGUCAAACUUGGAAGGGAUUGGCUCCUAAGUCCUGAGUAACACUAGGCCUGUGCAAUGGACUGGAAAUGGGCCGGGUUGAGUUCUAGUUGAAACGGGCUUUAAACGGGUUGGGUAGAUCAACCCUGACCCUGGAAGAAUUUGAGGUUUCGGGUUUCUACCAUUAAUGGCUUUACAAAUUGAUUUCCAUUACCGACAGAGCCGCUCUUCCUUCAUUUGAUUCCAUUACUGACCAUCAAGUAUGCAAGCUUGAAUUGGGUUUUAUAUGAAUCAAUAAUGGAGAUUGAAGUGGUUCUUUAGUUGGUGUUCAAUUUAUGAAUUUUUUUUAAAUAUGAAAGAUGAGCUAGAAUAAAUGAGGAAUAUCAGAAAUAAAAAUUUGUUUUUGGAAAUUAAAAAAUUGCUUAAGAUAAUUUCAAAAAUGGUAUGAAAAAAACAUGGUUUUUAAUCAAAUAUGAACCUAAAAUAAAAAAAAACAUUUAAAACUUGUUCUUCACGUCACUGGCCCAAUGAAAAGAAUUAAAAUAUAUUGCCUUUAUUAUUAUAUGUUCUUUUUAAAUAAAAUUUAUG